AUGGCGACUUCAGAGACCAAAUUGAGCAUGAAGCUUUUGAUUGACACAAAGGCUAAAAAAGUACUAUUUGCUGAGGUUGAUAAGGACUGUAUCGAUUUCCUCUUCCACAUUCUUUCACUUCCACUAGGCCGUGUCACUAAGCUUCUUAAGGAUAGAGGAAUGAAUGGGUGCUUGAAUAACCUCUACCAAAGCGUAGAGGACCUGAAUGACUCCUAUUUGGAGUCUAAGAACAUCAUUUUACAACCCGAGUGUCCUCAUUUGUCGAAACCGUAUGACAAAAAUGAUGAGCUAUGUUACUCUGCGGCCUGUACCUGCGGGCCGGCUGCCAAUAGGGGUUUUGUGAAGGAGUUGCAGGUGAAGUACAUGGUGAUGGAUGACUUGGUCGUUAAGCCCUUAUCUGCCGUAUCUAGUAUUACCGCUCUAAAAGACAACUUUAACGUCAAGGAUGUUGGUGCCCUGCAUGAGGAAGUUGUUCAGUUUGGAACACAGGAGGUAAUUGGCAUUGAAGUUGCUGAAAUUAUCGUUGGAGUCGAAAACAAUUUGACAAGUCUCUUCAUGACAGGAGUGAAAGUGGAAAAAUAG